UUCUCCAGCGUGAUUGCACCUACAGGAUUCUGUAGUUUCAUCUGCUUGGUGUGGGUUGCUGCUGCAGUUCCAGUGGAGAGCAACAGGAUGGCAGGCUGUGGAGCCAGGAGCCAGGAAGGCUGCCCAGAGCGUGCCUUUGUCCCAGAGCCUUUUGAUGGAAGUAACCUAGCCCCACACCUCUGGCUGCACCGCUUUGAAGUCAUCAAGGACCUUAACAAUUGGGACGAUGUCACCCAGCUGAGGUUCCUGAAAGAGUCGCUCAGGGGAGACGCCCUGGAUGUCUACAGAGGGCUUCGUCCAGAGGACCAGGGUGAUUAUGGGAUCGUGAAGGAAACCCUCCUGAAGAACUUUGGGGUCCCCAGUGCUGCCCACAGCCACCCACCUAAAGAGAUUGUCUUUGCCAACAGCAUGGGUAAGGGUUACUACCUCAAGGGGAAAAUUGGCAAAGUGCCCGUGAGGUUCCUGGUGGACUCGGGAGCUCAGGUCUCCGUGGUCCACCCAGUCUUGUGGAAAGAGGUCACCGAGGGUGAUGUGGACACCCUGAGUCCCUUCGAGAAUGUGGUGAAAGUGGCCAAUGGGGCUGAGAUGAAGAUCCUGGGUGUCUGGAAAACAACAGUGUCCCUGGGCAAGCUGAAGAUGAAGGCAGAGUUCCUCGUGGCCAACGCGAGUGCUGAGGAAGCCAUCAUUGGGACUGACCUGCUCCAGGAUCAAAAUGCCAUCCUGGACUUCGAGCAUCGCACGUGCACCCUGAGAGGAAAAAAGUUCCGCCUUCUGCCUGUUGGAGGAACCCUGGAAGAUGAGUUUGACCUGGAGCUCAUCGAGGAGGAGCUGCCUUCAGAGAAGGGGGGACAGCAGCUCUCCUACUGAGAAGUCCCUUUUGUUUACCAUCCCCAAACCUUGGGGCCCAAAUCUGUCCCUGGUGAGGGAGGUGUCCAUCUGAAAAGGCACAGGUGAAGGAGGGCAGGCUGGCUUUCUUGGGAGAGAGAGAGGAUCCUCCUGGUUGUUAAGCUGCUGACAGUGGCAAAGAUUUGGAGGCUGGAAGAAGGUUCCAAGAAGAUGGCUUGAAAUGGUUGUCUUUGGGAGAAGCCUGCCUCAGCCAGGCAACGUGCUGCCCACAGUGUCCUCCUGCCAUGAGCCGGAUCCCGCAGGUGAGGGCCACAGCUGUUCUGGGAUUCUUGCCUGCUGAGUCUUCACCUGCACAAUGUCUGUUUCCUUGUCAUUUGCUUUGAAACCCAUUGAGGUUUG